GUAGUCCAGCGUGUCAUUACCCGCAAUCAAGACAAAAACAGAAAAAGUUUGGUGUGAGCAGCUAGGGGCUAGUCAUGAUGUUUCCUUGCAGCGCCUUGUCGCAUCAUCUCUACCCGGACCUGCUGCGUCCGCCGGCCGCUCUGACUUGCCCUGUCCCCCGGUCACUGCCUUCGGGCUACCGCGUGGAAGAUCUCCUCCGAAUCAGCCAACCUGCGUACAACUACAUACAGCGGACCUUCUCGGCCGCAAACCCCGGCGACGUCCUCUCGCUAAGCCCGGAGCAGGGCGCCUCAUCCCGGGCGUCGGGACCCAGCACUGCCCGCUCUGUGUUUCAGUGCUCCGGGCAGCCAAACCACAGCGGCGGUUCCCCGCAGUCCGCGUGUCCGGCCUCGAAUUGUUUGAAGUUCGGCGUCAGUGCCAUACUAGCACCGUCCACAAGGGGUGGUUGCUCAUCUCCUCCAGUCCACAGUUUGCAGACCAAAUCAUUUCCUCUACCAUUCUUGGAUGCAAGUCUCCAUCCUUUCAUCAGAACUUCCUAUUUCACAGCGUCCUCCUCCUCUGUGGUCCCUGUCCCAGGAACCUUUUCAUGGCCCCUUGCCCCCAGAGGGAAGCCUAGGCGGGGCAUGCUGCGACGAGCUGUCUUUUCAGAUCUUCAGAGGAAGGCCCUGGAGAGAACUUUCCAGAAGCAGAAGUAUAUCAGCAAGCCAGACAGGAAAAAGUUGGCCAGUAAAUUGGGACUCAAAGACUCACAGGUGAAAAUCUGGUUUCAAAACCGUAGAAUGAAAUGGAGGAACUCCAAAGAAAGGGAGCUGCUGUCAACAGGAGGCUGCCGUCAGCAGACCCUCCCCACCAAAACCAACCCUCACCCGGACCUCACGGAUGUGGGUAGCACCUUCUGCCACAGCGGGCUGGAGAGGAUGGCGACCACCAGCCAAGGACAGUUGGAGGGUCAGGAGACAAAUCUGCCCCGUCGUCAUCAUCAGCAUCACCAUCGAUCCUCGCCGUCAGAUUCCAGUAAACAAUCAGAGUCAGAAAGUGAAGAAAUCAAUGUUUCUUAAGAACAUGACUGGAAAAGAAUCCUUCCUCGCUUGCACUGCAGUUGACUUCAAAUGUUUGUUGUGAGGAAUGCAGAGGAAGUGUGACUACCGCAAGCGUUUGUGUUCAUUUUGUGAAUGGCUGAAUUCUAUCAGCAUCUGAUUCGUAUUGUGUACAUCAUUUUAUAUAUGACUUUUUUUUUGUUGUUGAGUAUAUUGUGUACAUAUUGUAAAAUAAGCACAGUAUGUGUAGAAUACUGUUUUUCAUACUCCAAAAAUAUACAUUACACAGUAAAAUCACACGUGUUAAUCUAACUCAGAGUUAAAAUCAACACUAUUUCUGAGUUUACAUAAUUCUCAUGGAUCCUCUCCUCCUCAUGGAUGAGUUACUCUUUGGAAAGUGUUAAUAUUUUAACUCAUUGCUUUAAAUA